CAAUCUUCUGCCUCAGCCUCCAGAAUGCUGGGAUUGCAGAGACAAAUGUCAUCUCCAAACUUCCUCAGGCCUUGGGCAUGUACUGCCACACCACCUCUUCUUACCCCAGCUGAAUGGAAGGAGUAUGCAGAUGCUGGCACCAGGAUACGCAGCUUAGUGUUAUUUCCACAGAGCAAGAAGUCUGAGUCUUGGAAAGGAUGAAAGAAGCUAGUACAUCUCUAUCAUCUCAUUUGCUUCCCCAACAUUCCCUGCUAUGAAGACCCUAUUGCACUUGUAAGUGGUGAGAUGCUGAUGCUGGUAGUGAGGCCCCUCCAUCACUCAGGGCCAUCUUUAUACCAUCAUGAUUGGCCAGCUUGGAUUUUGCCAACAUUGAGCAUAUGAGCUUGUGUGUGUGAACUUCCAGAUACAGGUAGCAUAUUGGACUUUUUAAAAUUUUUUGUAACAUACUUGAUUUGGAAAGAAUGUAACUUUGAGGGAUAAGCUGGUAAAUUGGUCUAUAUCCAAGUCUUCUUAAAGAUAAUUCUCAGACCAAUAAUAUAAGACAUUUGAAGAAACAAUAAAUUAGAAGAAAACAAUUCAGCCAAAAGGCUAUCUAAACACAAGACAGAAACAAGUGGAGACUCAAAAUCUAACCCCAGCAGUAAGAGACAAACACCUUCCUGGGGAAAAGAGAAGUUUGGCCACCUCCAGCUUCUGCGUAAACUAUCAGCCUGCAGAGUCACCGAUGGAGCUGAGGGAGCCACUUCACUGCAUACUCCGAUCUCCACAGGGCUCUUCCUUGCUGGUCAGCAAUGUAUCCACUAGCUGUGGUGAGGGCCAGGAAAGGAACUUGUGUGCAGCCCUGGGUUAUUGGCCUUAUCAGCUUUCUAUCCCUGAUUGUGCUGGCAGUGUGCGUCGGACUCACUGUUCAUUACGUGAGAUACAGUCAAAGGAAGACUUACAAUUACUAUAGUACACUGCCAUUCACAAGUGACAGAGUAUAUGAUGAGUUUGGAAGAGAGGGUUCCAAGAAUUUCACAGAAAUGAGCCAGAGAAUUGAAUUAAUGGUAAAAAAUGCAUUUAAUAAAUGUCCACUGAAGGGAGAACUUGUCAAGUCUCACAUUAUCAAGUUCAGUCAAGAGGAACAUGGACUACUGGCUCAUAUGCUGCUCAUUUUUAGAAUCCGUUCUACUGAAGAUCCUGAAAUCACUAAUAAAAUUAUUCAACAUGUUCUACACAAAAAGCUGAAAAAUGCAGUAGGACCCCCUAAGGUUAAUCCUGAUUCAGUUGAAAUUAAAAAAAUCAACAACUCAGAAUCAGACAGCUAUCUGAACAAUUGCUGUGGGACCCGAAGGACUCCAUCUGCGAAGGACAGCGUCAGGAUUGUUGGUGGUACAGAGGUAGAAGAGGGAGAAUGGCCGUGGCAAACCAGUCUGCAGUGGGAUGGUGUCCACCGCUGUGGAGCCACUCUGAUCAAUGGUUCCUGGCUUGUGAGUGCUGCUCACUGCUUUCAAAUGUAUAAGAACCCAGCCAGAUGGACUGCUUCCUUUGGAGUAACAAUAAAUCCUCCCAAAAUGAAAAGAGGCCUCCGGAGGAUAAUUGUCCAUGAAAAAUAUAAACACUCAUUGCAUGAUUACGAUAUUUCUCUUGCAGAGCUUUCUAGCCCUGUUCCUUACACAAAUGCAGUGCAUAGAAUUUGUCUCCCUGAUGCCACCCAUGAGUUCCGCUCAGGAGAUGAGCUGUUCGUGACAGGGUUUGGAGUAGUGCAAAAUAAUGGCUACACUCAGAAUCAUCUUCGGCAAGUACAGAUCAAUCUUAUAGACACUAAAACGUGCAAUACACCUCAAGUUUACAAUGGUGCCAUAACUCCAAGAAUGUUAUGUGCUGGUUCCUUAAAAGGAAAAAGAGAUGCAUGCCAGGGUGACUCUGGAGGACCAUUGGUUGGUGCAGAUGCUAGAGACAUCUGGUACCUUGCUGGAAUAGUGAGCUGGGGAGAUGAAUGUGGGAAAGCCUACAAGCCUGGUGUUUAUACGAGAGUGACUGCCCUCCGAGACUGGAUCACUUCCCAAACGGGUAUCUAGGGAAAACUGGUGCAAUGAAACUUCUCUCUUUGUGUGUGACAGUUCAUUCUUAGAGAUGCAGGAUUGCAGAAGAAGCCUUAGAGAUCACAAGGAUCUGGCCCAUCUCACUAAACCAACUGCUGGAUGGAUACUUUUCCGUGCGAGCUCUUCUGCCCACAUGAACAUCUUGUAUCUGCCAGAUGAACUCUGCCCAACCUGUCUUCAUGUUUUCUGGGCAUUUUCUGUCAUCAAAAUCUUGGCUUGUUGACAUAAAUUAUUCAUGCAAAU